CCAGGACUGUGCUUUUGUCUCACUCCACGCCCUCUUUCUUCCUCCUGACCAGAUUAAUUAACUUGUAUUAAUAUACAACCAGGAGGGUGGGAACAUCCCAGCCACCUCCUCUUAUGUCUGAGGAGGCAAAGACAUUUUCACAGACUCACACACACCUUCAACUGCUGCAGCGUUUGUUCGCCCUCAAACCUGGUAAGAGGAUUUAUUUAUGUUUAGGCAAGAGUAAAAAUUGUCACAGGAACAGGUACUUAAAGAGAUCAAACCACAGGACUCCUUUAAUCCUGCCUGAUUCCAGUGUCAUCACGACUUGGGAAGGCUCUUCUCUCCAUCAGAGGGACAGAGAAAGAAGGGAAAAAAGCAACUGGAGAAUCAGAUAAAGACGCAACAAGUGAGUGAGAAUGACCAUGAACGUGAAGAAGCAGCUGUGGUCCAUGGCCCACAUGGUCGUGCCCGCGGUGGGAUUUGUGCUCACCUGCGGCGGGGCCUACCUGGUGUCCCUGCAGACGGAGAACGGGUACACCUGGAGGCUCAUCCCGGCCUACAUCAUGAUCGUGUCCGGCUUCUUUGCUGUGAUUGUAGGAGUCUUCUGGACCAUCUGCCACAGCAUGAGGAGCAAGAUGUACCACCGAGGAGGACAUGAACAGCACAUCCAGGUCUACACUAUCGAAAGACAGAACUCCUACCCUCCAUCGUACGAGGAGUCCCAAGGCGGUCAGAUGUGUCCUGAUUCGGCCCCUGAGUUUGCGGUCGUGGUCGACGAGGUGGACGUGGUGAUGAGCCUCGCUCCUCCUCUGUACAGCCAGGACAGCUCGGAGGCUCCAGACUGCACGUGGAGCUGGGAGCAGCCUCCUCGGUACAGUCAGGUGGAGCGCCAGGUGUAGGUGGACGCAGAGGUCUUUUUUUUUUUUUUUGUCUAACUGGCCGAGAGGAAAUGGAUUGGGUGGAGAUCGCUCAGAGAAAGAGAAAGCUCCAGAAGAAUGGGAGAUGCCUCCAAAUGUGACUGGAUUGCUCAGCUACCAAAUGAAUUGACCUUGGAGGUGUCUGAUGUCUGUGCUGACCCGAUGUUGACAGGCCUGUUUCAGUCCAGAGGGUCUUUAAAGCGGCACAGCCUGUUGAGGAGAACUGUUUCACGUUGAAAGCACGGAUGAGCGGCAAGGUAAAGAUGAAAAUAAAACUGGAGGACAGCAUUCAUCCAGUCGAAUCCAUGGAUGAACUGACAAACAACACACUUAUAACCUGUUAUCCAGACGCUCACUGUACGUUUACUGGAAUAAUACAACUGUUUUUUAUAGGAGGAACUGAUGUUGCCUUCAUCCUGGUGUGAUUUGUGUCAUGGAAUAAAGGAUAUCGUGUGGCUGUACUGUAGUGCCUUUGUUCAAAAGGUUUAUUCCUCAAUACAGAGCCAACCAUCA